AUGGCUCCUCCUAAACACAUCAAUCUUGUUUCGGUUGCAAUCGCCGCUCUCAUACUAAUAAUAUGUUGUCAUUGCGUCGAUGCAGCAACAUACCAACAGCAAUUCAUGGCUCCACAAAAUGCGGCAAGAGCCCGUUUAAGGCUCAAACCGCUAAAGUGGGACGCUAAAGUAGCCCGUUACGCGCAAUGGUGGGCCAACCAGAGACGCGGUGACUGCAACUUGAUCCACUCCAACGGACCAUACGGUGAGAAUCUAUUCUGGGGCUCGGGCAAAAGAUGGAGCCCGGUUCAAGCCGCCAAUGGAUGGUUGUCGGAAGCAAGGGGCUAUAACUAUUACUCAAACUCGUGCAAGGCCGAGAUGUGUGGCCAUUACACGCAGAUUGUGUGGAGGAACACACAGAGGAUUGGUUGCGCUCACGUGAUCUGCAACGGCGGAGGCGGCGUGUUCUUGACUUGCAAUUACGAUCCACCGGGAAAUUUUCUUGGUAGGAGGCCUUAUUGA